AUGCCGGCCUCCAACAACGCUACCAAGGGGCCCAAAAAUGCUUCCAAGCUCUCGAAAGCAUUUGCUGAUGAGACGCUUCGCAAGAACAUGCCGAACGGGCAAGAGUCGUAUUUUUUCUUCACCAUGCUCAAGCACCAAAUCACCAAACCCGAAUUUGACUGGGUGGCGAUUGCAGAGGAUAAUCGCCUGAAAAAUGCCGAGACAGCAAAGGUCCGCUUCGGCCAGAUCCGCCGUAAACUUGGCAUCGACAAAUGGAAGGGUUGGGCGAGCGGUAGGGCCACAAGGACUGCUUGGGCGCGCGAGAAGGAAAGGCAGCUUGCCCAACCUUCUGGUCUCUCUCCUUCUUCUUCGGCUUCCUCUGCUGGCCCGACCCCCGGCAGCGGCAGGCCCAACCCGACGCGCGACCCUCCCGCCGACCCCCUCACACCGACGCCAGUCGGCAUCGCCAAGCGCACCCCCUGUUCAUCUGCUCGUCGUGCUUCCCGUGGUGGUGCUUCUGCUUUCGGUCGUGGUCGUGCCGGUGCCCGUUCGCGUGCCGGCCGCAGGCGUCAUGAGACGCCUGAUGAUACUCCUUCCCCUACGCCCGAGCCAGAGACUGAGGAAGAGGAGGAGAGUGAGAAUGAGGGUGAGCCUACCGUGCCCACCAAGGAGGAGAAGGAAGAGUCUGAUGAGGAAAUGGAGGUAGAGGAGGAGGAGGAAGAGGAGGAGGAGGAGGAGAAGGAGGAGCCUGCCAAGCCCGAAGAGGAGGGCGAAGAGGAUGAUGACGAUGAUGACGAAGAAAAAGACGAGCCCGACGCCGACAGCAUCGGCCUGGCCUCCCUGCCGGAGGAGGUAGCCACCCCCAGCAGCCCAGACAUCGUCAAGCCCGACCCGGCCGCCCUCGCCGACCCCUUCGCGCCCACCCGCGCUGCUGACUCUGUUCCCGCCCAGCAACAGCAACCUGCGUCCGUUUCCGCGGCCCCCAGUACCGGACCUCAGCAGCCUUCGCCGUCUUUGCCCGCUCCCGGCCCCUUCGACGGUUUCCCCCUUUCAGCUCCCGUCCCCGGCCCAAUAAUGACGACGGUCAGCAUCCACCCAUCCCUGCCUCCUGUCCUUGUCCCUGUUCCAGCGGUCGCCCCUCUGCCUCUGGAUGAUAUGGGGCUUUCCAGAAUGAGGCCUCAUCUCUCGCCUAACUGGCCGGGCAACAACAGCACCGCCGGCUCUUAUCCGUCUGCCGCAGCGAUCGGAGCCACCGCCGGCCCCAACCCCAUUCUUUCUGCCGGUCCCCAUGGAAUCGCACAGUUCCCUAGCCUGGGCACGAACCAGUCGAUGGAGUACAACCAUCUGUUUCUGGACGGGAUGCAUGUGGGCACUAUGGUGAUGCAGCCUUUGACAGAGGAGACUAAGGGGUAUAUGGGGUUGGAUCAACCAGUUGGUAGGCGAUCGACGCAGCAGAGAGAGGAGCAGAUCGAGAGGGAGAUCCUACGUCGGAUAAGGGAUCAGAAGAGUAAAGAGGAGAUGGAGGCCGAGCCGGAGAUUGAUUUAGAUGAGUGGAUUAAAUGGGAAGGGGGCCAAGAGAAUUAUUAA